AUGGCAGGAGCAGAGGUGCAGGAAAAACUCUCGCCUGAGUGCAAACAGUUCCUGUACAUGGGCACGCUGCCUCGAGGGCUCGAGGACCAGCCUUUCAAAAAGAUCUGCCAGUUCUACGAGGGCGGCCCACGGUUUGUCAGCCUGUAUGACACCUUCAACCACAUCCCUGUUUACUCCGCAUACACUUUCAAGCGCUCGGAUGGCUCCAAGAAGGUUGAUGUGCCCUGGAUGUAUGAGCCACAGCUCUCCACAGUGUCUGGCUCCAGAGAGAUGCAGCCGUUCCCCUCGGAAAACCUUCAUGAGAGCUUCCAGGACGCUCAGGCCGUGCUCGACGACUACUCUGACAGCGUCAUCUUCGAACGCGGUCAGCUGAAUCCAGACGAGCACCAGGCCCACCCAGACGACAAAGCUUCCACCUACACUCUGACGAACGUGGUCCCUCAGGUCCGAGAGUUCAACAUCGGUGCCUGGAAAAACCACGAACACACCAUCCGCAGGCGGCUCAACAACUACUGCCGAGGCACCGCCUAUGUGGUCACCGGGGUCACCACCUCGGGGCACACAAUCCGCCGCCACAACAUCAACCGCCUGGGCAUCCCCACCUACCUCUGGUCAGCCUACUGUUGCAUCGAUUUUGACCACAAUGCACCGUACUCAGAGCGCUCAAAGUUUCCUGCGUUUGCAGCUCAUGGGCUCAACGACAGGGACAACGAUAAGGUUCAAGAGAUGACGGUGCAGCAGCUGGAGGAAUUCCUGAAGAGGGUAACUUAUGUUGGCAGCUCUUUCCAGCUCUUCUAUGACAACUGUGUGCCUCCUAAUAGUGCCCUGCACCUGCCUUGAAGUAGUGGAGAUGAUUCUUCAGAUUUAGUACAGAUUAAUAUUUACACCAGUGACAAUAACAUUUAGCAGCUUUUUAAGAAUCAUUUAAUCAAAAAUUCAUUUAUUUUACACAUGCCUACAUUUGAUUUAAUUAUCCAUACUUUCUCCGUGGCAGCUUGUUUUCUGAUUAAAAUCCUUUUCAUAAAGGAACUAAAUAGACAACCAUCUUUGGGCUUACCUUGAUUUUUGUUAUAAUUGGACUGAUUUUAACCAGUAUUUCCUCUAUAAACAGCAUAACAAAAUAAUCGCAGGUCCACUCACUAGCCUGAGUUCCAUUCACUUAAGACCUGAAAAUGUGUUUUUAAAGCUCUUAAAAGCUUUGACCUUUGAGCUUGGUUUCUGUUACACACCUGGUCCCCCAAGGUCAAGAUUGAUCCUCCAUGUUAACAUCUGUCAAAGUCAUAAAAACACCCUUCUAACUUAAGUAGAAUUUAAAACUUCUCCACAUUAUUCUAUAUUCGAAUUAUAUUACAUUAAUUACAUCUCAGUUAUGUUGUAUUUGAUGGUUCAUUAACAAGCUUUUCAUGUGUGUAAAGUAACCAUGAAAACCCCAAGCCUACAUGGUUGUACUCUUCAUUCACUUUAUCAGAUGGUAACUUAUGCUUUUAAUGACUGGGAACUACACCUGCAUCUGUAGGUCUUUGUUCAGCACAGUCAGAUUAGACCAACAGUUUUACAUUUUCACACACAGCCUCUAAACUGUAACACUAGUGCACACUCCUCAUAUGAAAAGCCACACAGACAAAUCCAGGACAAACUGUUAAUAUCCAGAUACUGACUUUUCAUUGCAGGGUUUCUGAUCCUUUAAAUUACAAGAACAUUCACGUUUACCACUAUAGUUUUACUUGCCAGUGAAUAACAGGAAUGUGUUUCCCAGCUGAUCAGGAUAGAAGAGGUGUUUUUGUGCUACAUUAUGAGUUGAAGCUGGUCUCUCUGUUGUGAAUGUUUGUGGUGAACCCUUUUGUUUACAUUGGAUCUCAAACUGUGCCAUGAAAUGCAAACU